AUGAGGUGGCCAUCUUCCAUACUGACAGCCGGUAUCAGCCUGCUGCGAUGCACCUUCGCCUUCGCCCAGUCUUGCAACACCACAGUACUGCACGUCGAUACACCAAGUCAAGGCAAUGUGGUAUUCAAAAGUUUCAGCUACUGCGGCGGCAUCCUGAGCACUUCUGCAUACAUCAAUAAUCUUGCAUACAACAAGCUGGUCAACCUCUAUUUCACGAAUCGACAAGACCAAAGUACACCAUUGACGUCGAUCGGACUGCGCUACAACAGCAGUGUCGAUGGCACGCCAUACGAGCUUUGGGCAUCAAGCACGCCUGUCUACGUCGAUGGCAUCACGAAGCUUCUCAAUAUCACUUACGAUGUAGUCGAUACCGGAAGCGAAUACAACCAGGUCCUCAAUCUGGACGUUGUCGCGAGUGGUGCACCAGAGCCUACACUGCCUGGGCCACCACAACCUUACGCCACGCCGAAAGGCUUCAGUGACGACAUCACCGAUUUCCUCGAAGUGGCCAAUGGCUCUCAACUUGUGGCCUCACUCAACAAGAUGUUCGCGAACAUCAAUCCAGCUAUCGAAGGAGCAGUCGAUGGCGUGGUAGUCGCAGGACGAAGCGGACCAUUCUUCGAAUCGAAGCUGCCAGAUUAUGGAUACGACUGGGUCCGAGAUUCGUCCUUGACAAUGGAUGUCGUUCAGACUCUGUACGCAGCUGCUAACAACAGUAACGCCAAGCAGCAAUACGAAGCCAUUCUCUUCCAGUACGCACUUGCUCGUGCCACAGAGCAGACCGCCCCAAACCUGCAGACUGGUUUAGGAGAGCCCAAGUUCUACCUGAAUAAUACGGUAUACGAAAAGCCUUGGGGACGACCUCAGAAUGACGGACCAGCUACAGCUGCAACCACGCUUAUUGAAUUUGCUGAGAGCUAUCUCGCAGCAGGUGGUAAUCUUUCUACUGUGAAGGAGAAGCUCUACGAUUCCGCUACUUAUCCUGCAACCGCACCGAUGCGGAAAGAUCUGCUUUUCGUUGCCAGCAAUUGGACUUCAGCCUCAUUUGACUUAUGGGAGGAAGAAAGUGCGGAUCACUUCUACACGCGUAUGGUGCAGCGUCGCGCUCUCGUCCUGGGCAGCAAAUUCGCAGAGACUAUGGAUGACCAUGAGACUGCGGCAACUCUGAAGUCUGCUCUUGAUGCUCUGACUGCGACAAUGAGCCAGUUCUGGGACGUCAACCGAGGCAUAUUGCUGUACGAAUACGGUCCAGUACUUCUCGGCAAGUCGAGCUAUCUGGAUGCUGCGGUCCCUCUUGGCCUCAUUCAUGGUUACGCGAACGAUACCGUUUUCAGCUACACCAACGACCAAGUUCUAUCCACUGUCGUGCGCUUCGUCACCAGCUUCACCGAGACAUACCCGCUCGCGAACAAAACGCAGACAGAUGGCUCCGGCCUGACUCUUGGUGUGCCCAUUGGACGCUACCCCGAAGAUGUGUACAAUGGAACAGGGACCGAGGAGAACGGUGGAAAUCCUUGGUACCUCACUACUGCCGCGAUCGCGCAGGUUAUGUAUGCCGCAUCCGAUGAGUACAACUCGGCCGAGAAUCUCACCGUCACCAACACCUCGCUGAGCUUUUUCGAGUACUUCGUCCCAGAUGCUGAGCUUGAAGUGGGCCAGACGUAUGUCAUCGACAGCCAGGAAUUUUCAAAGGUCAUCGGAAGCCUGAACGGUUGGGGCGAUGCGUUCCUGCGAACUGUGAAGUACUAUACGCCAUCGGAUGGAUCUCUCGCGGAAGAGUACAAUCGUGAUGAUGGCGUUCCGCAAGGCUGUGUCGACCUGACUUGGUCUUAUGCGAGCAUAAUCACGGCUGCCAUCCAGAGAGCUAAGACUAGGAACGAGGAUGACUUUGUCCGAGACCUCGCCAAUCUAGGCAUCACCCCCAAUUAG